AUGCUAGAGGAUUAUCAAAAGAAUUUCUUGGAUUUAGCUGUUGAAUGUAAAGCUUUAACAUUUGGUUCAUUCACUUUAAAAUCAGGGAGAGUUUCUCCAUACUUUUUCAAUUUAGGGUUCUUCAAUACUGGUAAGCUUUUAUCCAACUUGGCUACCGCUUACGCCAUUGCUAUCAUUCAAUCCGAUUUGAAAUUUGACGUGAUAUUUGGUCCUGCAUAUAAGGGGAUCCCAUUGGCCUCCAUUGUCUGUGUGAAAUUGGCCGAAAUUGGUGGUUCAAAAUUCCAAAAUAUUCAAUAUUCCUUCAAUAGAAAGGAAGCUAAAGACCAUGGUGAAGGUGGGAAUAUUGUCGGUGCCUCAUUGAAUAACAAACGUGUCUUAAUUAUUGAUGAUGUGAUGACUGCAGGAACAGCUAUUAAUGAAGCAUUUGAGAUUAUUGGCAAGGCAAACGGUACCGUAGUUGGUUCCAUCAUUGCUUUGGAUAGGCAAGAAAUUGUGGAUACGACAACAUCACAAAAUGGGUUAUCCGCUACUCAAGCUGUAAGCCAAAGAUAUGGUAUCCCAGUUUUGAGUAUUGUGUCUCUUUCUCAUGUUAUUAAUUACCUUGAUGGUAAAAUUACUAAGGAAGAAAAAUCAAAAAUUGAGGAAUAUCGUCAAACUUAUGGUGCUUAG